CUUGGUGGUUGGAGCCGGAGCCCGGCUUUUAGCAGCUGUGGUUGCGGAAGGCUGCGGCCAGUUUUUUUUUUAGACAAUGGCCACAUACCUGGAGUUCAUUCAGCAGAAUGAAGAACGUGAUGGUGUGCGUUUUAGUUGGAAUGUGUGGCCUUCCAGCAGACUCGAGGCUACAAGAAUGGUUGUUCCCCUUGCUUGUCUUCUCACUCCUUUAAAAGAACGUCCAGACCUGCCUCCCGUACAGUAUGAACCAGUGCUCUGCAGCAGGCCAACUUGCAAAGCCAUUCUCAAUCCACUUUGUCAGGUUGAUUAUCGAGCAAAGCUUUGGGCCUGUAAUUUCUGUUUCCAGAGAAAUCAGUUUCCUCCAGCUUACGCAGGCAUAUCUGAGGUGAACCAGCCUGCUGAAUUGAUGCCCCAGUUUUCUACAAUUGAGUACGUGAUACAGCGAGGUGCCCCAUCCCCUCUGAUCUUCCUGUAUGUGGUAGACACGUGUCUGGAGGAUGAUGACCUCCAAGCACUCAAGGAGUCCCUGCAGAUGUCCCUGAGCCUACUCCCUCCGGACGCGCUGGUGGGUUUGAUCACGUUUGGGAGGAUGGUACAGGUUCAUGAACUCAGCUGCGAGGGCAUCUCCAAGAGUUACGUCUUCCGGGGUACGAAGGACCUUACUGCCAAGCAGAUCCAGGACAUGCUGGGCCUGACCAAGCCUACGAUGCCCGUGCAGCCAGUGCGCCCGGCUCAGCCGCAGGAGCGCCCGUCUGUGUCCACCAGGUUUCUGCAGCCCAUUCACAAGAUUGACAUGAACCUCACUGAUCUCCUUGGGGAACUACAGAGGGACCCGUGGCCUGUACCUCAGGGAAAGAGGCCUUUGCGAUCCACUGGUGUUGCCUUGUCCAUUGCUGUAGGCCUGUUGGAGGGCACUUUUCCAAACACGGGAGCCAGGAUCAUGCUGUUCACUGGGGGACCCCCCACCCAGGGACCUGGCAUGGUGGUUGGAGAUGAAUUAAAGGUUCCUAUUCGUUCCUGGCAUGACAUUGAGAAAGACAAUGCCCGCUUCAUGAAAAAGGCAACCAAGCACUAUGAGAUGCUUGCAAACCGCACUGCUGCAAACGGUCACUGCAUUGAUAUUUACGCCUGUGCCCUUGAUCAGACUGGACUCCUGGAGAUGAAGUGUUGUCCAAAUCUUACUGGAGGCUACAUGGUGAUGGGAGAUUCUUUCAACACUUCUCUCUUCAAGCAGACAUUCCAAAGAAUUUUCAGUAAAGAUUUUAAUGGCAAUUUCCGAAUGGCCUUUGGUGCUACUUUGGAAGUAAAGACCUCAAGGGAGCUGAAGGUUGCAGGAGCCAUCGGACCCUGUGUGUCUCUGAAUGUGAAAGGACCGUGUGUGUCAGAAAACGAGCUUGGUGUCGGUGGCACGAGCCAGUGGAAAAGCUGUGGCCUGGAUCCCACGACGACGUUCGGCAUCUACUUUGAAGUAGUCAACCAGCACAACGCCCCGAUCCCGCAAGGAGGCCGAGGUGCCAUCCAGUUCGUCACGCACUACCAGCACUCGAGCACCCAGCGGCGCAUCCGUGUGACCACCGUUGCCCGCAAUUGGGCAGACGUGCAGAGCCAGCUGAAGCACAUCGAAGCGGCAUUUGACCAGGAGGCGGCGGCGGUGCUGAUGGCGCGGCUAGGGGUGUUCCGAGCCGAGUCAGAGGAGGGGCCAGACGUGCUCCGGUGGCUGGACCGACAGCUCAUCCGGCUGUGUCAGAAGUUUGGACAGUAUAACAAAGAAGACCCCAUGUCAUUUAGGUUAUCAGAUUCCUUCUCUUUAUAUCCUCAGUUCAUGUUCCAUCUUAGAAGGUCUCCAUUCCUUCAAGUCUUCAACAACAGCCCUGACGAGUCUUCAUACUAUCGGCACCACUUUGCCCGGCAGGACCUCACCCAGUCCCUCAUCAUGAUCCAGCCCAUCCUGUAUUCCUACUCCUUCCACGGGCCCCCAGAGCCUGUGCUCCUGGAUAGCAGCAGCAUUCUUGCUGACAGAAUUCUGCUCAUGGACACUUUCUUCCAAAUUGUCAUUUAUCUUGGUGAGACCAUAGCCCAGUGGCGGAAGGCAGGCUACCAGGACAUGCCCGAGUAUGAAAACUUCAAGCACCUCCUGCAGGCGCCCCUGGACGAUGCACAGGAGAUCCUGCAGGCGCGGUUCCCGAUGCCGCGGUACAUCCACACAGAGCACGGGGGCAGCCAGGCUCGAUUUCUUUUGUCCAAAGUGAAUCCAUCUCAGACACACAAUAACCUGUAUGCUUGGGGACAGGAAACGGGAGCGCCCAUCCUCACUGAUGACGUUAGCCUGCAGGUGUUCAUGGACCAUCUGAAGAAGCUGGCUGUCUCCAGUGCUUGUUGAGCUAAGGAUAUAGGCAGGAAAUGGAAGAAAACACUGUCACUUUGUGUUCACAGUUGUUUAUAAAGGCUUAACAUUCCUCUUACUUGGCCAGUGGAUUUUAAUAAAUAAUCAAAGGAAGUGUUAGUAACUCUUUAGAUUUUAAUUUAUUUGUAUUCCUUAUCUGUGCC